UUGUCAGUUUGUUUUGGCAACUCUACUGAACAAAACCAUCAUGGCUGUCUGCUUGGACCCAUCAGAAAAUACCGUUAUUUAUAAAUUAUUUUGUCCUAAUGAUGAUGGGGAUUAUAAUUUAAUCAGUACGGAAGCAUUAGAAUUAACAGCAGAAAAGUAUUUAUCUCAAAUUUCUGGAUUUCUACGCCGUUAUAUUUGGCAAAAUGAUCCUUUUAAUCUGCGAGUUGUGGAUUCUUCAACAACAGGUUUCCCGCCACAUUUAGAAGGAAUAACAUGUUACGAAGAUAACGAUGAAGACGAAUGGUUUAUUGUUUAUCUUUUGUAUUACCUUUCCGAGAAGAAUAAGAAUCUAAUUAUUCAGAUACAAGAUGAGGAUGGCGAAUUCUUGCUAAUAGAAGCUGCUGACCAUAUACCUAAAUGGUUGAAUCUUAAAACCAGUAAAAAUAGAGUUUUUAUUCAUCAGGGAGCACUUCAUAUAAUCCCAAAAGCCUGGACCCCUAAUGACGCGAUUCAGUUACCAAAAGGUGUUCCUUCACUUUCAACUGCAGUCUCAUUUGUUCGUCAGUUUCCUUCCAUUACAAAAGCCUCCUCAUCUGUGCAAGAGAUGAUAAGAGAUCGAAUUAAAGAGUACCCAAUGAGGAUUGAUGAAUAUAAGCAUAGAGCUCAUUGCUGUGUUCCAUGCCCUGUUACUGCUAUCUUGAAGGAAGACCCAAGCUUGUUGUCUCAGGCUGUUAAGGCAUUCUACUUAAGAGAUCCUAUAGACUUGAAAGCCUGUCGUGCUAUGAGAUAUUUUGCACCAGAAACUAAAGUUAUGUCAGAGGUUACUUUUACACGUUGUCUGUAUGCACAAUUAUCUAGUCAGAAUUAUGAACCAGAUAAAAUGACAGGGUGGAAUUUGCCUCCAGUCAACCAUCCUGAUAGAAAAGCACAUGAGCUCGGCAUGAAAUUGGCAUGUGGUUUCGAAAUUCUUGCUUCCAAUGCUGAGAAAAGAAUGGAAGUUGGAAAAGAUGAUGCAGAAUAUGAUUUCCGCAGUGAUGUUCGAUGGAAACGAUUUGCAAAAAAUUUGAAAGACAGAGGUUAUUUUAGGGAUGAAGUAGAAGGCUCCAAGAUGCAUAAUACACUGAUGCUUAAAGCCAAAGAAUUCUACUUAUCAUCUUUAAAUCGUGGGGCAACUGCUAGUUCCGGGACACCUGCAAGUUCCUCUCCUGGCGUUCGUGUUUUGAAACUUUUGAAAACUGUCAAUAAUAAUUAUGAAGAGAUGAAAGAAGCAGAAAAGUCUUUAAGGCCUCCAGAUGAUGACAGUUGGAUGGUCAUCACUCCCGAAAUUUUAGAUUCUAUGCUGGAAAAGAUGACAGCUAAACCAAUGGAUGCAACUACUGCUAAAACUAUAACUGAUGGAAUAAAAUCCUUUGUACACAGUUACUCAGAUAUUGAAGGUGUUGAGCCGCCUAUCCACAACUCGAACAGCAAAAAACAAAAGAUAAAUUUUGAUCCAGAUGCUUUUAACGAAGCAGUUAGUAAAAUUCUAGAUUUCCAUAUACCACACUCUGAUGACGAUGAAUCUAGUUCAUCCAUGAGUGGCUAUUCUGAUGAUGACAAUGAUGAUGUUGUUUUAGGAGAAGGAAGAAGAGGUAAAUAUAAUAGACGUAGCGAAAGAGUAAAAGUUUUCAACGAGAUGAAUGAGUACAUGGAUCAAAUGGAUCGAGAACUUGCAAAAACCAACGUUGGUCUCAGUUUUGAAAAAAAGCUACCUCCGAAAGCUUCCGUAGAAGAAGAAGCGGGUCCAUCAUCUGACAUCAAUGAUGAGGAUGACGGCUUCCAGCCAGUUGAUGUGAAUCUUACUGCUUUGAAAAAUCUUUUGGAAUCUUAUUCCAGUCAACAAGGACUUCCUGGACCUGUUGGUAAUAUUUUCUCUUCCAUGGGCAUGGAAGUUCCAGACAAUUCGGAUCCUUGAAUCUCCAGCCAUGAGGAUAUCGCUUCUUUCAAUUCCAUUUCUUUUAUACAUAGAAUAUAGUACCUACUUUUGCACAAUUUACAAAUUCUUUGCGGCCAUCCUAUUUCUUUCUUGGCUCAGAUUGAGAAAUUUACAAGUGUUCUUUACUUCCAAAUUUUCUGGCUGGUUUCUUUUGGGAAAGGUAGGGUAUCCUCUUCAAGCAGGUCUGUAUGUGUCAGCAGCUUUUACAAUUAAUGCAUGUUAGGGGUUCCUCUCUUGUUCUCGAUUAGACAAUUUCUGGUGGUGUGAAAUUCUCUGCAUCUUGUAUUUGGUAACAGUUCUUUUGCAAAGCGUGAAAUUUACCCAGUUGUAGCAGAUGCUGGGAGAAUAUUUUCUUCUAGGAGAUUCAAUUUAUUUUUCAGGCAGGAAAAGUAGUUGAAAAUAUUUUGAGAGUACUAAAUUUCCAAUGGCAGCUGACUUUUUGUAUUCUCAGCAGAGCAAAAUUUUUUCAAAGCUUGUCAAAGAUUCAUUUUGCCAGAUUGGAUGCCAAAAGUCUCACCAAGAAGUUUUUUUUACUUACAGAUUAUAAUAUUUUUUUUUUUUUUUUCAUAUCAUGAUAUUGGAAUUCCCUUUCAUAGCUAUAAGUAUUGUUUUGAUUUAUUGAGAUAUAGAUAACUUGUUAAUAGAUGUGCAAAUUGGAAUUAUUUUAAUGCUUGGCUCUCAUUUUAAAAUGCUUAUAUUGUUUUUUGAUAGACAGCUGUGGGGUGCAACUUUUUGUAUAUUAAGGUCCUAAGAAAAAAUAUGAAAUUGAACCCUUCGAUAAAAACCGAAUAAAUAAAAAUAUUUAUAAUGUUUCUUGUAAAUACCCUAGUCAAAAUGAAUAGGUUCGCUCUUUUUUUUUGCAAUCAGGAUGUUUAAAUGACUGUAUAUAAUGCAACAUUUUUCAUGUUAAAUUUUAUUGCAGUAAUAACUUAACAUUUACUUUAUUCAGUUACUAUGUUUACUUCUGAUACUAUAUAGAGAAAAAAAAGUGGCUAGUACAGUAGUAGCCACUUUUUA